AUGGACUCGGAAGCCCGACUGGGGGAGUUGGACAUGGCGAGACCCGAGCCAAAGGAAACAGAUCCAGAGGAACCCGAGCUGGCGGAUUUGGGCUCGGUGGAACCCGAGCUGAAGGAAUUGGGCUCAUUGAAACCCGAGCUGAAGAAGUUGGGCUCAACGAAACUCGAGCUGAAGAAGUAA